GCGGAGGAAGCGCCGGGCACCCCGCGGCGGCGGCGACAGCGCCGUGCGAGCGGGCGUGCGAGCGAGCGGGCGGGCAGGCAGGUGAGGGCAGGCGGGCCGGGGCAAGCCGGGGAGCGCGGCGCCCCCUUUAUUUUUAUAACUUUUAGGGUGAGAUCUUUUUGUUGUUGUUUCGUGCACACCCGCCCGCCCAUUUUUUUCUGAUUUUUUUUCCUGCGCUGCGGACGAGACGAUUUCUCCCUCGCCUCCUGCCUCUGCCCCAGGAGCCGUCGGCGCAGAGCGGCGGCGGGGAGCGAAGCGGAGCGGCGGGGCGGGGAGGCGCGGCGGCUGCCCCGCUGCGGGGGCGAUGCCCCCGCCUGCCUUGGCGCCUCCCCGUGCCGGCCUCGCCACCUUCCCUUUGUGCCGCCGGGCCCGGCGCGACGCCUGCCCCGGGAGCCGGCGCCCCGCGGCGCCCCGCGGCGGGAGGUAAGGGCGGCCGCCGCCCCGCUCCCCGGCAGCCAUGCGGACCCUGCGGCCGCAGCUGGCCUCCCUGCUGCUCCUCGGCAUGGCCUUGGCUCAGCGGCAAGUGACAGUGCAGGAAGGACCCCUGUACCGAACGGAGGGGUCCCACAUCACACUGUGGUGCAAGGUGAGCGGCUACCAGGGCCCGGCGGAGCAGAACUUCCAGUGGUCCAUCUACUUGCCUUCGGCCCCUGAGCGGGAGGUGCAGAUCGUCAGCACCGUCGACCCAUCCUUCCCCUACGCCAUCUACACCCAACGUGUGCGUGGCCGGGGGAUCUACGUGGAGCGGGUGCAGGGGGACGCCGUCCUGUUGCACAUCACUGAGCUGCAGGACCGGGACGCCGGGGAGUACGAGUGCCACACGCCCAACACUGACGAGAGGUACUUUGGGAGUUACAGCGCCAAGAUGAACCUUGUGGUGAUCCCCGACUCGCUGCGGGUGACGGCGGUCCCCCAGACGCUGAACAAAGUGGAGCGCGACUCCCUGGAGCUGAAGUGUGAGGUGUCCAAAAGCACGACCCAGCACAGCCACGUCUCCAUCGCCUGGUACCGGCAGCGAGGAAGCGAGGCACCCGUGGAGAUCAUCUCCCUCAGCCGUGACUUCGUCCUGCGGGCUGGCAGCGCCUAUGCCCAGCGGCAAGCAACGGGGGACGUUCGCUUGGACAAAGUUGGGGAGACCACCUCGAAGCUCACCAUCUACAACCUCCACCCGUCGGAUCAGGGCGAGUUUUAUUGUGAGGCGGCUGAGUGGAUCCAGGACCCAGACAAGUCUUGGUAUGCCAUGACCCGCAAGCGUUCCCAGGGCGCCAUCGUCAACGUGCAAGCCACCGAUAAGGAGUUCAGUGUCCGGCUGGAGACAGAGAAACGGACGUAUAUUGUGGGUGAGCCGGUGGAGUUUCGUUGCAUUCUGGAGGCACAGAAUGUCCCUGACCGCUACUUCUCCAUCUCCUGGGCCUUCAACAGCUCCCUCAUCGCCAGUCUGGGACCCAACGCCGUGCCGGUGCUCAACAACGAGUUCGCCCAGCGUGAGGCCCAGGGCCAGCUCAAGGUAGCCAAAGAAAGUGACAAUGUUUUUGUGCUGAAGAUCUACCGCCUCCGCCUUGAGGACAGCGGCAAGUACAACUGCCGGGUGACCGAGCGGGAGAAGACAGUGACUGGGGACUUCAUCGACAAGGAGAGCAAGCGGCCAAAGAACAUCCCCAUCACUGUCCUGCCGCUCAAGACCAGCAUCUCCUUGGAGAUUAUCAACAACGCCAGCAAUGUCUUGGAGGGGGAGAGCCUGCGCUUUGGCUGCAACGUGCGCUCAAGCAUCGGGCCCCAAAGCCGCCUCUCCGUGGCCUGGCACCUGGUGGACAGGCUGAACCGGCGCAGCGAAAUUGUGCGUCUGGAUCGGGAGGGGACCCUGCAGCCAGGCCCCUCGUACGCCGAGCGCAGCAGCUAUGGGGGCAUCCAGGUGGAGCAGGUCCGGCCAGGCUUCUUCACCCUGGAGAUCUUCAACAGCGUCAAGGCGGACGAAGGCCACUACGAGUGCCGGGUGGCCGAGUGGACGCGGACACUGGAUGGGGAGUGGCAGAUGGUUGGGGAGCGGCACACUGGCACCCCGGUGUCCAUCACUUCUCUGGAGGCCGGCUUUGCUGUCACAGCUAUCUCCCGCACCCCCGGGGUGACGUACAACGAGUCCUUCGACCUCCAAUGCAUCAUCAAGCCCCACUACCCAUCAUGGGUACCGGUGUCGGUGACAUGGCGUUUCCAGCCAGCGGGCAGCACCGAGUUUCAUGACCUGGUCACCUUCACACGUGAUGGCGGGGUCCAGUGGGGCGACAGGUAUGCGGGUUUCCGGACCCGCACUGCCAUCGAGAAGGCCGAGUCCAGCAACAACGUGCGCCUGAGCAUCAGCAGGGCGAGCGACACAGAAGCUGGCAAGUACCAGUGCGUGGCUGAGCUCUGGAGGAAGAACUACAACAGCAGCUGGACGCGGCUGGCAGACAGGGCCUCCAACCUGCUGGAAAUCAGAGUCCUACGGCCGGUGACCAAGCUGCAGGUGAGCAAGUCAAAGCGGAGCAUCACUCUGGUGGAAAACCGCCCCAUCCCCCUCAACUGCUCGGUGAAAUCCCAGACCAGCCCCGACUCGCACUUCGCCGUGCUGUGGUACGUCCACAAGCCCUCCGACGCCGAUGGCAAGCUCAUCCUCAAGACCACCCACAGCUCAGCCUUCGAGUACGGCACCUACGCAGAGGAGGAGGGGCUGCGGGGCCGGCUGCAGUUCGAGCGCUCGGCGUCCGGGGGGCUGUUCAGCCUGACGGUGCAGCGCGCAGAGGUCCGAGACAGCGGCAGCUACUAUUGCCACGUGGAGGAGUGGCUGCUCAGCCCCAACCACGCCUGGUACAAGCUGGCGGAGGAGGUGUCCGGGCGGACGGAGGUCACUGUCAAACAGCCAGAUAACCGCCUGCAGGUGAACCAGACCCACAAGAACAUCACAGUGCUGGAGAACCAGUGGGUGACCUUGGAGUGCCUGGUCAGCAGCCGGACCAGCCCCUCAUCCCAGCUGGUGGUGGAGUGGUAUGUGUGGCGGCCGGGCCACCCGGAGAAGGAGGUGGUGGCCCGGCUGAGCCGGCAGAACAUCCUGCGCUAUGGGGACGUGGUGGCACUGGGCGACCUGCGGAGCCGGCUGCACCUGGAGAGCCCAUCCCCGGGCCUCUACCUCCUCUCCAUCCAAAAUGCCACCGUGCGGGACAGCGGGGCCUACAACUGCCGCGUGGAGGAGUGGCUCCUCGACCCCAGCGACCGCUGGUACAAGCGGGCAGAGGACAUCUCUGGGCUCAUCACCCUCACCGUCAAGCAGCCAGACCCCACCUUGCAGGUGGACACGGCCACUGCCAACCUCACGGUGCAGGAGAAGGAGUCCUUCCCACUGGACUGCAGCAUCCUGUCUCGCUCCAGCCCGGAGUCCCACUUUGCAGUGACAUGGUACAACCUGCGGACCAAAGAGGCAGGCAGCCGCGGCGAGGAGGAGGAAGAGGAGGAGGAGGAGAGGGAAGCGGUGCUGAGCGUUGGCCCCGACGCCAUCUUCAGCCCCGAGGCUGGUCGCUGGGAGGGCCGCCUGCGGUUCCAGAGGCUCUCGGCGGUGCUUUUCCGGCUGACGGUGCUGCAGGCCGGCGGUGCCGACACAGGCAACUACUCGUGCCGUGUGGAGGAGUGGCUGGCGGACCCCAACGGCAUGUGGUACCGGCUGGCAGAGGAGGAGUCAGGGACGGUCGCUGUUCACGUGCAGGAUGCAGGCUCCACCCUGCAGUCCGUCAUCUGUUCCAAUGACGCCCUCUUCUACUUUGUGUUCUUCUACCCCUUCCCCAUCUUCGGCAUCUUGAUCAUCACCAUCCUCCUGGUGCGGUUCAAGAGCCGAAACUCCAGCAAGAACUCGGAGGGCAAGAACGGGGUCCCCUUGCUGUGGAUCAAAGAGCCUCACCUCAACUACUCUCCCACUUGCCUAGAGCCGCCGGUCCUCAGCAUCCACCCUGGAACCAUGGACUGAAGAGGCAGAGGCGCCUGGGGGAUGUGCAGAAAGAGAGAGAAGCAGAGACACACCGAGAACCCCAAGGAACAGAGUGGGUUUUGUUGUUCUUGUUCAUUUGUCUCAGUGUCUGUGCUCCAAUGUGGCAGCUGAGCUUUGCGGAGCACCCAGACGGUGGGGACGGGAAGGUCCGAGGCUUCCUCCAGUGCCUGUGGGAACGCACCCCCUCACCCCAAUGGACGGAGGGUCCCUGCGCUUGCUGUACAUAGCAGAUGUUCCUCUUCAAUUAAUUUUGCUCCCAUCAGUUGCUGUCUUUUGGGCCGUUACUUUUUUUGUUGCCAUUUCUUUUUUGGUCACUCAAAGAACUGUAGGCUUCCUCCACCCUCCACACAGCGAGGAGUUCCCAGCAGGUGUUUUGUCUUGGGACAAUCUCUUUGGAAGUAAAUCAAUAUGUUUUUCAAAACAGACUGGUUUUCCUCCUCAGACUCAGUGCCAUGGUAAAGAAGGUCUUUUCCCAAUGUGCGCUGAGCUAGCCCCUCCCUCUUCCAAAACAGACAAAGCCAGGUCCACCUCCGGAGAGGUUAGUUGGGCUAUCAGGAGGUCCAUGUCAAAGUCUGGGUGUAGCCUCAGCAUCUUCUUGCCUCCACGUUACUGCUCUCUCAGGAGGGAGCAAUUCACCUUUUAUGAGCGUUCCCAGGUCUUGGAGAGACUGAAUAUUCAGCACGAUUGUGGUCAGGACAAAAGCAAUUUAGUUUACCUCCAGGAACUGAAGGAGGAGAUGGAAACCCCUGACUUUGUUGGUGGCAAGGAGGGUCCUUGUACAGGCCAACUUACCAGAGUCGUGCUCCUCCCUGGUGUCCAUGCUGCCACCUCUGACGAGGUGGGUCCCCUCUGUGGCCCAGUCGCCUGGGGACAGGUGGCUGGAUCCAGCCUCUGAAGACUUCAACGUGACCAAAGCAAUGACUCUAGGAAAAGGGGGCAGGGGAAGCUCCACAGGUUGCGUUGGCAGCUCCUGGAUGGUUCAGCCAAGGAGCCCAGCUGCAGCCAUUGCCAGUCAGCAGGGAGAUGCAGUUAACCACCACGUGUCACGAGUUUCCCCGCAGCUUGCACUGCUUCCCGGUGCGAGCUUGGACAAGGAAAGGAGCCUGCAGCGCAUCGGCACCUUGAGGGCUUUGCUGUCCUCCUGAGCCGAGAGAAAUCUUCCCCUGCGUGUGUGAGCGCAUCUGCCAUUUUUUCGUUUCUGGAGCUUUAGAAGGAGAAGCCAUUCCUCCAUAAGCUCCCCCUCCUGGCAAAGUCACCUGCUCUUGCCAUAGGCAGUCGCUGUGGCAGGAAAUGCUGUUCUUUCUGUGAAAGAUAUGGCUCUCGUGAACCAAACCAGGGCUCUCGCCGCGUGGGGCACCUGAGCUCCCGUACCCCAUAAUGCCAAGUACCCCUGCCCUGUCCUGUGGAGGAAACCGCCUCCUCCCCCAUAUGCCCUGAACAUUAUGUGUGGCGGAAGAAAAUGUUUGCCAAAAAUGGCCUUUUGUUGUCUUCCUUUAUGUCUUCCUGGCAAAUCCGGCCAUUUAUUCUUUGCAGCAUGGCUGAAGCCAACGGGGGGUGACCAGGCGCAGCCGCAAGACCCCCCCCGGCCUCACGUGUGAGAGGUGCCAUACCCACAGCCGUUGUCCUCUUCAGGAGGGUCGGACUGCUCAUUGUGAAGAGAAGGGGACCUCAGCAGAUGCUCUGCAGCCCUAGCUGGUUAGACCCUGAUGCCUUGAUGUUCCAGAGGUGGUGAAGCCUCAGGUGGGAGAUCUGCGCCAUGCAUCCUCCACGCUAGGGUGUUUGAAGUCAGCCACCUCUGCUCCUCCACCAGAAUGGGAUUGGUUUCUUCUUCCACUUGGAAGCCAAAAUUUCACUCAUCCCUUGGUGAAGUCUGCCUCCUUAAGUCAUAACUGCUUACUGACCCCAGCAUAUGCGUAAUAUCACACUCCUAUAUAUAUAUAUAUAUAUAUAUACACACACACAUAUGUAUCACACACCCACACACUUGUCUUCCCUUUCUGGAUAAAGCAUCUGCAAAGAGAGGAGUGGGAUGAGAAGUGAAUGGAAAUGAAGAACCGAGGCACAAACAGCAGCCAGUGGGUAUUGUUUUGUAAAUGUAGUAUCUCCUGUACAUACUGCUCCCAGGCAGGAACUGCAACUCAUUUCAGCUUUAAAGAAAAAAAGAAGAGAAAAUGAAGUCACUGGGAGCUGUUCUCUCCUGGGCGAACACUGUGCUGCAUCUGAACCACGGAGCAGUGCUCUCCAGGAGGGCUGUCCUAUGGCCCUGUCCCCCUGGCCAAAAUGGGUCCCUUCCCAGCCUAGUGGUUCCUGCACUGAGCCCAGGCUUUCCCAGGAAGCAACUCCCACAGUGGUCCCUGAAUGUACCUUGCUGGUGACAUUUCUCUGUUGCUCUGGCAGCGCGUUGCCCAGGCUCAAACUUCUGUUUUUAUAAAGGCAGACUCUUCCUGUAACAAGUUUUAAACACAAAGCUUGUCAAACCACUCUCUCUGCUGUAACUUUCUGUAACGAACCAGAGAAGAAAGAGAGAUACCCUAUCCAUGCAUGAUGUGGAAGAACGUUUGGGGUUUUUUUUUAAAAAAAAAAAAAAAAAAAAAAAAGAAAAAUCAGCAAAAACUUUGUACUAUGUUGCACUAAAACAUGUUUUAUACAACACACCUGAGAGCUGUAGUAAACUGUGUUGAAAUUGUGAA